CUAAACUUUACACAACUCUCAGUGACCUCUCCCGACGUGUCAAUUAUUCAAUCAUCGCCACUUCCAUAUUACAGAAUUUUCAACGGGGCAUCUUUGGAGAACGGACACCAUGGAUCGCGAUAUUUCUUCGUUGAUGAUGGGCACCUUUCGUGGCACCGGUAGGGAUGAUUUCGGUAGAGAGAGAGACAAACGACGACCCCUCCUACUGGACCGCGUUAUGGGAGAUCAACCACGCGUAUCGCGCUGCCGAUUGCUCCAGCUGCCUGCCGAACUUCUGGGCGACAUAGUCGAUUUGCUGGCCGACAAUAAGCCGGCCUUGGCCUCACUCGCCCUGGUAAAUAGUGAUUGCAGGCAAUGGGCACGCUCCUGCCAGUUUGCCGAAGUACGUUUUGACUAUGGACCUCAGACUCGGGAGAUCAUUCUGCAACUCGCAAGAGAGACCAUCUCUAGGAACACGGCUGCGAAGAAGCCAACCAUUGGGGUUUGCAUCCGCAAAUUUACCAUGGCCUCGGAUAGUGGUUGGGUCGCGACCUACAACCAGGAUCUUUGGGAUUCCAUAUGGGGUGAGACGCACGAAUCGUACAGUCAAGAGACUAGAGAUCAGCUUCGCGAAGAGGGCAACAAGCAAUAUACUUCAUGGGUCUCUCUUGUUCUCGGAGCCAUCUCCAUGGGAAUGCCCAAUCUUGAAACGAUCAUUUGGCAGGAUCGGUUCACCGUGGAUAACACAUUCUUUACAGCCCUGUCGCAAUCACCUGCCCAAAACAUCAAGCUCUGCGGGACACCUAUAGACAAACCUUACCUGAUUGAACCGCCGCUGACACCCCCUUCAUGGCCACUGCGAUCCUUGACAAUGGCGCGUUUCUUCGAAACUCUUCUUCGACGGUGCGCUCCUACUCUCGAGUUCCUGACUUGGGACUACAUGGACUAUGAAGCACCUGGCGAUGCAAUGUCGCUAGGCGAAGAACCCCUGUCGUUUCCUCGUCUUCGAUCUCUCAAGUUUUGCGUCAACUAUCUUACCCAGUCUGGCUUCUCGUCGUUCCUCGCCGCUCCGCUUCGGCAUCUUGCCCUGCCUUCGGCCUGCGACUGGGAUGCACUUGCAACAUCUCUUGCCACUUCCGAGCCUUUGCUGGAUCUCGAGACCUUGGUCAUCCCUAAUCUCAACAUGUCCCAGGAGAAUAUCUCACAGGUUGUGAGAUUCAUGAAGAGACAUAGUCACAUCCAGAAGCUCUACACAAGUGAAUAUGACGAGGCGUGCGGCGAGGAAGCACGGCUCGAUCAAUACAUCAUCCCCGCUCUCUCAGAUGGGUUUUCCAAUCUCCGGUCUCUUUCAUUGGCAUGGGGCGGGGGUAGCGUACAGGAAGAGACGAAACCACACAUUGCCACCAUUCCGGACGUGUCUCUACAAGUUAUUGGAACUAUCAGGUCGCUUGAGCAACUCAGUCUCAGUGCCGGGAUCCGCGUUGGCUGGCGCGCCCAAUGGCUGGUUGACCAUGACAAUAUACGCACACAUUUGCGUGGAUUGGGCAAACUCAAGUUGCUGGCGCUAAAUCGGGAUACGUACCCGAUCCCGCUCGCCAUACCCGAUAUUGAGCGCUACUAUACACUCAACCUCGUUACCGAAAGCGAGCACGCUGAUGCGUGGGCUAGACCGGAACUGGACGACCUCGCAGAGGACUUGGGACAACUCGGGAUUGACGGUGGCAUCGAUGCCGAUGAUGACGGCGUUGACGAGGAUGUCAUCUGGGAGAGAGCCCAUCGCAACCGUAUGCUUGACCAGGCUGAGAAGUAUGCCGCUGUGCUGCCGGCGUUGGAGUGGGUGUACUGCGGACAGCGGCCGAUGGCGAUCCAGAUGGACUUGAGCAAGCCGGCUCUGAAGAAGGCGGUGCCGUUGACGAAGGAGAGGGACGAAUCGUAUACAUUCCUCAAGCGCACAUUUGCAAUGGGAACGGACGAGGAUUAG